CUCCCGGCUGACUAGCUGAGUCAAGUUCAGAUAAGCCACCGAGUCGUGCACGCGGCGGACCGCUGCUGGUCGCCGUCCGUCGACUAUCUAUAUAGCUGCGCGCCGCACCGUCACACUACCUGAGAGCGGCCGUCUGCGCUAACCACCUGAUCAGCUGGGCCUGGCUGCCUAAAGCCAGACUGCUGGGAAGUGCCGGACUCUACAUACAUUGGUUUUGCGCGGUAUAGUGCGGCGGUGGUUCAGUGUGUCUUCCUGCGGCUCCGGCCACCUCCGUCAGGCAGCCGUCUCGGGUCCCGUCGGCUCCACCGUCGCCUUCAUCGUCACCAUGCUGCACCCGGAGCCCAUGCCGGCGUCGGCUGUCGGCAGACCUGUCACUACCACGGACUCGUCCUGGCUGGGCUGCUUCAGCUACCACAUCGGCCUCAUCUCCCUCUGCUGGACGCUGGUUAUCAUGUCGUUGUUCUCGUUCUUCACUUUCAUCGAGUACAUGGUGGUGGCCGGGGGUGGCGGUGCGCUCGCCGUCUUCAUCGUGGCGUUUCUGCUGAACCUGGUGGACGGGGCGGUGUCGGCCCUGCUGCUGAUGGGUGUUCGGGACGGUGUGGUGCGCGUGCGGCUGAACAUCUGGCUGAUGUGGAACGCCAUCUACUCGCUGGCCGUGCUGCUGCUGGUGAUCGUCGACCUCAGCGCGGUGGUGGUGGUGGCCGGUCUGGGCGUGCUGAACGGGCUGCAGGCAGUGGUGGCCAUCGGGUUCCGGCUGCUGUGCAUCUGGACCGGGUGGAUGUACCGGGACCACCUGAUGACGGUGCCGCCGCCGCCCACCAGCCUCCGGCCCGACCUGGGCGCCUUCUGAUCUCCAUUUAAUUUGUUUAACAGUGCGCAGAUAAAUAGAAGAUGAUAAAUAUGCAAGAUGAAGGCAUGCAUAUUUGUUGAUGUAUGCAAGAUGUAAGCACCCAACCUUUUUUGAAAGUCACUUAAGUUCAUGGGCGUAGAAACGGCUGGAACAUUGUGGGUGCAUGGGUGCAGGACAGCCAUGGCCGGUGAAGGGGUAGGGCUAGGGAGCGGCACCCGAGCAGAGGCUCAUUGCGACCUUUAGGAUGUACUAUGUCGAAAAGUAUGUUGAUAAUUCACGCAGCUGUAAAUUGACUACUGCAAAAAGUAAAAGCGGCUAACUUAGCCAUUUUCGAACAUUCGCGCUAAAACUUUUGACAGUGGGUCGUCGGUAUAUGUUCAGUCACAUGUCUUUCGUUUCUUUUUUUUAACUUGAGCACAGUAGUCAGUAGGUAAGACCAUCAAUCACAGUUGCAAAUGCUUCGAAAGAUGGAUAGUAGGCGAAAUAUCCUGCAUUUGUCGUGCUGCAUGAGAACUGAGAAGUAGUGUUGAUGAGAAAAUGUUUUUUGUCCCAGAUUAUUGUGGGUGCAGACUGCAGAAUACAUUGUCUGCACCCACUGGAGAAUUAUUGUGGGUGCAACUGCACCCACUGCACGCAUGGUUCCUACGCUUAUGCUUAAGUUCAACCAAACUCGUCUUUACUUCUCUUGUCGUGAUCUCUUGAAAGUGCCGGUAAAGUUUGACGAGUUUAGAUUUUAAUAAAGCAAUAAGGUGAUUACGACAUGCUGCAUGCUCAUAUUAUUACAUGGCUCGCUAGUUAA